AUGCCACAUGGAUGGGGAAAAGAUCACAAGAUGCUUGUAUUUACAUCGCCGGAUGGAAAAAGCAUUGUUGGACCUGACGUAAACGAGUACAAGACCGCUAUUGGGGUGAUUGCGUGCAAUGGAGCUCGACUUCCUCUGUAUUACCCGACGUUUGCUGAAAUACCGGAGAGAAAAAGACAGGGUGCAUGGAUGGAGGUUCAGGAUGACAACGAAGCAUUGAAGAAGGUUCCUUCAAGCCGGAUUGUGGCCGAUCAAUGGCCGAAGUUGGCCGAGUACUGGCAGGACGAAAAAGUUAAGCUUCAAUCCAAGAAAAAUGCAUCUAAUGUACUAAAAAGAAGCUUCCCGCAUCGUACUGGGCGGAAGUCCUUCACGACUCUCGCUGAGGAGAUCAAGGCGAAGGGGAAGGACCCCGAUAGUUUAGAGAUAUGGAUAUCCAGUCGGACACAAGGCAAGGGAACAAACAAUCAACAAACCAAAGAGAUAUUGACAUAUUUGCAGAAUGAGCUAAACAAGAUUCCGCCGGAAAGGCGGACUCCAGCUGUUCGGGAGACUCUUUACCGACGGGCUCUUGGGGGAAAGACCAAAAAACUCUCAAAGGUUGACAGUGCCGCCAGUUCAGCUCAUCCCCGCAGUGAGGCAACUGGUUUAACAGAUAUUGUAGCAUUCCAGCAAGGGUGGGAAGAAAUGCAUAGCGGACUUGCAGAGUUUAAGGAAAUGAUGACUGAGUUCAAAACCAUCAAGGCUGAUGUGUAUGCAUUCAUGCACAGAAACUUCGGAGCAGUUAGUGGCCCAUCUGCCACAACUCGUAUUGAUAUGGUCUCUGAGCUUCUUAGGCCCGUCUCUGAAUCACCUAUGAUGGUUGGCACCCAUUUGCUUAUAUUAUCUCGUACCGGAGAGAAGAAAGUUGUUGCUAAGGGACUUCUACUCAGCCCCUCUACACCAGGUGACACACUUUCCCUGGUCAAGGUUUUCGUUACAUCCGCCGCAGUCCUGGACACACCCCUUAUUUUGCCGACAAUUGCUGGCGCGACUACCUUUCGCUAGGUGGUCGGUGAAGAUCCUAUUGAGUGGAACUAUAAGGAUCUCAUGCGCCACUCCUGAAGCAUAUCGACUGGUUCCUUUAUGUUUUGUCUCUAUUUUCAUUAUGAAUUGCAUGUCGUGGAUGUGCUUGGAUGGUAGGUUCUUAUGGCUAUGUGAAAUACCUAUGGAAUAGAUGCAUAGAAAUUUGGAUGUAUCUUUUGUGUGGUAAGAAUUGUUGCUAUGGAUUGAUGGA